CUAGUCUCACUUUUACUCUCCUGGAGUCUGCCCAUCUCAGCCCAAGCCGCUAUUGAGUCAGUGCCCUCCAACGUGGCUGAAGGGAGCAAUGUUCUUCUACUUGUCCACAAUGUGCCACCGGAUCUUCAUGCUUACAAUUGGUACAACGGGGGUGAUGCUAAAGAUCCCAGCCUUCGUAUUUUAACAUAUAGCAUACAAAAUCAAACAACCAGCACAGGCCCUGCCUACAGCGGCCGAGAGACUGUCUACAACAACGGAUCCUUGAUGAUUCAGAACAUCACCCAAAACGACACGGGAAUCUACACCCUACAAAUAGUAAAGCAAAGUUAUGAGGUUGAAACAGUAACUGGACAGUUCCGCAUAUACCCAUUCUUACCUAAACCCUCCAUCACCAGCAACAACUCCAACCCCGUGGAGGACCAGAACUCUGUAGCAUUAACUUGUAAUCCUGAGACUCAGAGCACAACAUACCAGUGGUUGAGAAAUGGUCAGAGCCUCCCAGAGAGUGGCAGGCUGGAGCUGUCCCUGGACAACAGGACUCUUACUAUACACAAUGUUACAAGGAAUGACAAAGGACCCUAUGAGUGUGCAACCUGGAACCCAGUGAGUGCCAACCGUAGUGACCCAUUCACCCUGAAUAUUUCCUAUGGCCCGGACACCCCCAUCAUUUUACCCUCAGCUCCACAUUACCUUGUAGGGGCAACCCUCAGCCUCUCCUGCCAAGCAGCCUCUAACCCACCCGCACAGUAUUUUUGGUCUAUCAGUGGGCGCUACCUGCAAUCCACCCAAGUGCUCAGUGUCCCCAACAUCAAUAUGAGUGAUAAUGGAAACUAUACGUGCCUUGCCUAUAACAAUGCCACUGGCCGCAACAGAACCACGGUCAAGACUGUCACAGUUUCCGAGUCCCUGACAAAGCCCUCCAUCCAUGGCAACAACAGCACAGUCACAGAAAACGAGGGCCCCCUGAACCUGACCUGCCUCACCAACGACACUGGCAUCUCCAUCCAGUGGAUCCACAACGGGCAGAGCCUGCAGCUCACAGAGAGGAUGGCACUGACCCAGGACAACAGCACCCUCACCAUAAACCCUGUCAGAAGGGAGGACGCCGGGGCCUAUCAGUGCGAGGUCUCCAAUCCGGUCAGUCACAACAGAAGUGACCUCUUCAGGCUGACUGUGAACUAUGAUCCUUCAGCACCAGGAAGUUCUGGACUCUCUGGUGGGGCCAUUGCCGGCAUCGUGAUUGGCGUACUGGCCGGGGUGGCUCUGAUAGGAGGCCUGGUGUACUUCCUGUAUGUCAGAAAGACUGGAGGGGCAGGCGACCAGCGUGAGCAUACUGAGCCCAAGGCCUCAGCAUCCAAGCACAGUCAGGACGCCUGCACAGCUAACAAGAUCAAUGAAACUACAUAUUCUUCCCUGAACUUUAAUGGCCAGCAACCCAAGAUAUCAACUUCAGCCUCCCCAUCACCAACAGCCACAGAAACGAUCUAUACAGAAGUAAAAAAAGAGUAA